AUGUCUGACUUCCAAUUAGAAAUCCUGAAGAAACUAGACGAGUUGGAUGAGAUCAAGUCCACACUGGCCAUUUUCCCUCAGCAUGGUUCUCAAGAUGUCCUUUCCGCUUUGAACUCUUUGAAAGCUCAUAACAAGCUGGAGUUUUCCAAAAUCGACACAGUUACGUAUGAUUUGACCAAAGAAGGCGCUCAAAUUUUGAAUGAAGGUUCGUACGAAAUUAAACUUGUCAAGCUCAUCCAAGAGUUGGGCCAACUGCAAAUCAAAGAUGUGAUGUCCAAACUGGGCCCUCAGGUUGGUAAGGUCGGUCAGGCCAGAGCUUUCAAGAACGGCUGGAUCGCUAAAAACGCCUCGAACGAGCUUGAACUCUCUGCCAAAUUGCAAAACACCGAUUUGAAUGAUCUCGCUGAUGAAACUCAGUCUAUUCUAGCGCAAAUUAAGGAUAAUUCGCAUCUAGAUAGCAUCGAUCCCAAGAUUUUAAACGACUUAAAGAAGAGAAAGUUAAUUGUUCAAGGUAAGAUUACAGAUUUCCAUGUUACAAAGGGGUCAGAGUUCUCCACAGACCUCACCAAGUUGGAAACCGAUCUUACCUCCGACAUGGUCUCCACCAAUGCAUACAAAAACCUGAAGUUCAAGCCUUACAAUUUCAAUUCUCAAGGUGUGCAAAUAUCCUCAGGUGCUCUUCACCCCUUGAACAAAGUCAGAGAAGAAUUUAGACAAAUUUUCUUUUCCAUGGGCUUCACAGAGAUGCCCUCGAACCAAUACGUCGAGACAGGUUUCUGGAACUUCGACGCCCUUUACGUCCCACAACAACAUCCUGCUCGUGACCUACAAGACACUUUCUACAUCAAGGACCCACUAACCGCUGACUUGCCUGAUGACAAGACCUACCUGGGCAACAUUAAAGCCGUUCAUGAACAGGGGAGAUUCGGAUCCAUCGGUUACCGUUACAACUGGAAACCAGAAGAAUGCCAAAAAUUGGUCUUAAGAACCCACUCUACAGCCAUCUCCGCCAGAAUGCUGCACGACUUGGCCAAAGACCCAAAGCCCACUAGAUUGUUUUCUAUCGACCGUGUUUUCCGUAACGAAGCAGUUGACGCCACCCAUUUGGCUGAGUUCCACCAGGUGGAAGGUGUUCUUGCUGACUACAACAUCACUCUGGGUGACCUGAUCAAGUUCAUGGAGGAGUUUUUCGAAAGAAUGGGUGUCACCGGUUUGAGAUUCAAGCCUACCUACAAUCCUUACACCGAGCCAUCGAUGGAAAUCUUCUCUUGGCACGAAGGUUUGCAAAAAUGGGUCGAAAUCGGUAACUCUGGUAUGUUCAGACCGGAAAUGCUCGAGUCCAUGGGCUUACCAAAGGAUCUUAGAGUACUUGGUUGGGGUUUAUCCUUGGAAAGACCCACUAUGAUCAAAUAUAAGGUCCAAAACAUCAGAGAACUGUUAGGCCAUAAAGUCUCAUUGGACUUUAUCGAGACCAACCCUGCUGCUAGAUUGGACGAAGACUUGUACGAAUGA